GGCAGUUCGUCCGUCAGUACAGUGAUGGCUUCCGAAGCGAUUUGAUGUGUGUUCGGUUGUAACGGUUGUACUUUUGUUGAACCGCGCUGCUUCCCGUCGUAGUUUUACGGUUUGGUCUCUCAUUCAUUCGUUCGUUCGCUCGCGUUCCGUUUCGAGGUACGACAGUGCUCUCCUACGAACUGAAACUUUUGUGCUAGUUUGUUGUUUUGCCUAUUUUUUCGCAUGUGAGCGAGGUGUUACGGAAUUUGCUUUUGAUUUGAAAUAGUUUGCUACUGCUAUUUUGAAAAAUAAACCUGGAAGAACGGAAAAGGAUAGCGUUACUGCCUGUAGCGUUGAGGAAACGGAAACAAAAGGGAUACUAGUGCUCUCAAUAGUUGCUAUAAGUGAAACAAAACGGUGAGAGCUAGAAACUAACGACGAUUGUGAUUUUGUAACAUCGCGAAAUUCAGUGGAAAUUUUCUCAAGAGGUCGGUCUAAAUAUCCGCUAGCCUCAAUCGUUGGAGUGAGAAAAACUGGAAGAAGCUUUGAUUCCGUGAGUUAUUUAUUUUUUGGCGCAUUAGAAGAGCGAUUGCAUCGAUAGAACAGCGGCAACAGAUGGAAUAAGAUUGUGUAAUUACUAGUGCACGAGUGGUUAGAUGCUUAGCUAACGUAGAAAAAUCCUAUACAGGUGCGAAAAAUGCUUUCCAAGUUUGUUGCUGUAUCAGGAAAGUUCAUGUGCUAGUGUGAUAUUCAAUACAAAACAGCGAAAUCGGCUUCACAAUGGUUCAUUCGAAGCAGUGAGAAAUUAGUGGACGGAGCAUUCAGGAUAUUAACGGAAGAUUUAUUGUGCUGUAUUUUUUAAGAAACCCCCACAAAAGAGUUUGCUUUGUAAAUAAUAGUAGUGUAAGUAGUAGUUACUGUUGGCGCCUCCUAAACUCUACGGAAAUGGAUACGCUAAAUACACCUGCCAUGGUUCCGACUGGUAUUGCUCGGUUACUACUUAGUAAACCGGACGAACCCUCGUCUUCGUCACCACAACUGACUCCGAUGAUGCUGAGCUCGGGGGGCACCGUGGCCAUCCCGACGACGGUCACCUUCGUGAACAACGCGGGUUCGGUUGCGCUGGCAACGGCUGCUGCUGCAGCUGCCGCUGCGGCUGCCGCAUCGGGUUCCGGUUCAUCGUCUGCCACUAGUCUCGCGCUAGCCGGUUCUGCAUCUGCGGCGAAUAACGGCCCGGCAAAUAAAAAGUGUCCCUAUCACCGCCAGUGCUAUCGGAACCAUAACCAUAGCCAACAGCAACUUCAGCAGCAGCAACUCCAGUUGAACGGAAAUCGGACGGCGGUUAAUAGUGCCGGUGGCGCUAGUUCUGCGGCACUGUAUCCCCAGCGGGAUGCCAUAUCGACGAAUGCCGCCCCACCAUUGAAUGCUGCCGUCCUAGCAGAACGUUAUCUACUGCUGGAUAUCGUAGAAGGAAGUUCGCUUUAUCGUUGUAUCGAUAUUAAGAUGCAGGACGAGUUGGUGUGCAAGAUUGCAAACAAUCCAUGCUCCAACUUGCUGACGGCGCAUUUCCGUCUUGACAGGCAUCCACAUGUGAAUUUUUUAAACAAAGUCAUACAGGGAAACAAUCAAACGUAUCUGUUUUUUGCCCCAUCGCAGGGCGAUUUGCACUCACACGUUCGCGUUCGCAAACGUCUGCGGGAAGCGGAAGCCCGCCGGCUUUUCCGUCAGAUGUGCGAGGUAGUGAAAACUUGCCACGAACAAGGCAUAGUACUGCGUGAUCUCAAGCUGCGGAAAUUUGUGUUCGCCGACAAAGAAAGAACACACCUGAAGCUGGAAUCGCUGGAGGACGCCGUCGUGCUGGAUGAUCCAGCGGAGGACCUGCUGCAGGACAAGCGGGGCUGUCCCGCCUACGUGUCGCCGGAAAUACUGAAAGCGAACACCACCUACUCUGGGAAGGCGGCCGACAUGUGGUCCCUCGGAGUGAUCCUAUACACAAUGCUCGUCGGAAGAUAUCCCUUCAACGAUUCGGAGCACGCAUCACUAUUUGCAAAAAUCAGCCGGGGCCAGUUCACCGUUCCUGACUGUCUAUCGUCCAAGGCACGAUGCAUGAUUCGUGCCCUGUUGCGACGGGAACCGGAGGAGAGAAUAACCUCCGACGAUGUUCUGUUCCAUCCCUGGCUGCAGCACGACGAUAGCCGAGAUCAGCCAACCUACGUUAGCCGUUCCAAUCCAUCCGCACAAGUCGACGAUCAAUGUGUGCCCGACUGGAUCGAUCCGAGUGGAGAGCAGGAAAUAAGCAAAGGGCGUGGAACUGAGACGACGAUUGCCGCCGGUCGCCACGAGGAUGGGACUGAGUUGGUCUAGUUUCCGACGACCACGAUCGCUAAGUGAGAAAGAAUCAAACACAGAAUUCGCGCGCUGAUCGUGAAUGUCAUGGAGCAUAUUUCUUCUUUUCAAAGUCGUACGCACUUGUUGGAAGGACGCAAUUCAUUUUAUUAUGUUUUAUUUCAUUGUUUUCGCUUAUUUUUUAAAUUUAAUUUUAAGUUAGAGUUCGAUUAUUAGGCAGUAGGUUUUUUUAUUUAUUACUUUUUAUUCGGAAAAGUAGCUCGAGCGAGCGACCUCGCGUAUUAUUUUUAUUUGCAAAUGCAUAGAUUUUGCACAAUUCUGAACCUGGCACCGUUCAGUGGCCAUCAUGAUCUCAGCUGGUUUCCUGAAAACUUGAAGAAGAUUUUCUUUUGUUCUGCUUAUCUUUUGUCGUACAAAGAUCGUGAUGUUUUGCGACUCGAAGAAAUCAUUAACUUAUAUUAGUUUUUCCACUUUGAUUUACAUUCGUGAAUAGAAGAGCUUAAGUUGUUAACACUGUGAUACUCGUUCUCACAAAUAAUGCAAUUUGGAUAACAAUAGCCUUCGAAACUGAAAUCAAUGUUAUCAGAACAAAGCAGAAACGAAUUCUACUCAAAUGCAAACAUUUUAAUUUUCCUAUUUUAAUUUUCGAUUUUUCUACGUGCAAUUUUUCAACACUUUUAUUUCUAUGACAAACUAAAAAAAUAACACAUUUCUGUCUGUAAAAUCUCCCCUCAAUGCUGCUUUUUGUUAACAUCUAAUAAACUGAGAUAUGAAAUCGCUUAAAUUAAUAAUUUAUUGAACUAAAAUCUGUUAUGAAGUUUAGCAGAAACAGACUGAAAAACAACGUUACUUCUUAUAAUUUUUAGAAUAAGUCCAAGUACACCCUUAGGUCGAGAAAAUUAUGCAACUAAAGUUCAGUAAGCAAGCAGAGCUUUUUUGUUUGGGUCAAGGUUUUUUUUUCUCCAAAUUUUGUGCUAUGAAAACACAAAUAGUUUUUAGCACUUGUUCAAUUUAUUCUACGAAACAGAAAACUUUGUGAUAAUGUGGCGACCAUCUUACUUUUACCGUACGCUUGUGUACGGGAACCAAUCAAAGAAGAACAGGUCGUGCAUUCAUGGAAAUGUAAAUAGUUGAUCUUGGAAGAUGCAUUCUUUUUCAAAAAAAUGUGAUUUAAAACAGAUAAUUAUUUUUAAAAGUCUUAUUUUCCAGAUUAUUCCUAUAGCGGUGUAAAAGAGAGAAAACAGCCAAUAAUAUCUUCCGUUUGAAUCCUGAAUUCUUCCUAUUAAUUGAUAUGCGUUUAAUUAGAUAUAGAUUUUAUCUUGGAAAAUAAAAAACAAAACAUAAAUAGUCGUAAUAAACCGAUGAAUGAAAGUGAUGUUGCGUGAAGUAAACAAACGGCAGAAAAUUAUAGAUAGUUAGUUAGACAACACACAAAUUAAAUUAAUGCAAUAGAUAAAUGUGCGAGAAAAAACGGAAAAAAUAAAUUUAACUCGUUAACCAGAAA